UGCGGUGGCGUCAUCUGGGCGCGACGUGCGCCGGUACCGCUGCCGCGGCCGCGAACGCCGCCGCCUGGGACCGGACCCCGGCGGCCAUGUGCCAGGUGGGCGAGGACUACGGGGAACCGGCGACCGAGGAACCACCGCCGGCGCCGCGGCCUGGCCGGGAGCAGACGUGCGUGAAGUGCAAGGAAGGCCGGCCGGUGGUGGUGAUCCGGGCGGGAGAUGCCUUCUGCAGGGACUGUUUCAAGGCCUUCUACGUCCACAAGUUCAGGGCCAUGCUGGGGAAGAACCGGCUCAUCUUUCCGGGCGAGAAGGUGCUCUUGGCAUGGUCCGGGGGGCCUUCGUCCAGCUCCAUGGUCUGGCAGGUCCUUGAGGGCCUGAGUCAAGAUUCUGCCAAAAGACUGCGUUUUGUGCCAGGGGUCAUCUACAUUGAUGAGGGAGCAGCCUGUGGCCAGAGUCCAGAGGACAGGGCCAAGACGCUGGCCGAGGUGCAGCUGGUCCUGCAGACCUUCGGGCUCCCGUGGCACCUGGUCACCUUAGAGGAGGUGUUUGGCCUGCCGCCGGCGGUGCUGUGCUGCUCCGUCCCGGAGCCGGCAGGGGCCGAGGGGGCCUACAAGGCAGCCGUGGACAGUUUCCUCCGGCAGCAGCAUGUCCCUCAGGCUGAGGGCUCCCAGGAUGGCUCCAGCCCGCCCCAGGCGCAGGGGCAGCCGUGCCAGCCCCACCUGCAGAAACCUCUAGGCCCCCUGAGCCCGGCAGGGUCGCCUGCAGCUGCCCAGACUGAGGCUCUGUCCAGACUGUUCCACUCGGUGCAGACACUGACGGCCAAGGAGGAGCUUCUGCAGACCCUGCGGACCCACCUGAUCCUGCACGUGGCCCGAGCCCACGGCUACUCCAAGGUGAUGACUGGGGAGAGCUGCACCCGCCUGGCCGUCAAGCUCAUGACCAACCUGGCACUGGGGAGAGGGGCCUUCCUGGCCUGGGACACGGGCUUUUCAGACGAGCGGCACGGGGACGUGGUGGUGGUGCGGCCCAUGCGGGACCACACCCUGAAGGAGGUGGCCUUCUACAACCGCCUGUUCGCUGUCCCCUCUGUCUUCACGCCGGCCAUCGACACCAAGGCCCCCGAGAAGGCCAGCAUCCACCGGCUGAUGGAAGCCUUCCUGCUGCGGCUGCAGACCCAGUUCCCCUCCACUGUCAGCACUGUGUACAGGACAAGCGAGAAGCUGGCCAAGGCGCCCAGGGACAGCUGUGCUGCCGGCCCCCGCUGCCUCCUCUGCAAGUGCACGCUGGAUGUCGAUGACGCCGACAGUGCCACGGCCUUUGGGGCUCAGACUGCGUCACACCUCUCCCUGAUGCAGCCACCCACUGCCCUGGCUGAGGCUGGGACCCCCACAGCACCCUGCUGCGUUCCAGGGCUGUGCAGGACCCAGGGCUGCUGCGGGGGCACCUGCGGGAGGGAGAGCCCCCGCGUCUGUGUCAUCAAGCAGCUGUGCUACGGCUGCCGUGUGAACAUGGAGGACCUGCCCUCCCUGGACCCCCUGCCGCCCUACAUCCUGGCCGAGGCCCAGCUCCGCAGCCAGAGAGCCCGGGUCCUGCAGGAGGUCCAGGAGUAUCUGAUCCUGGACAGCGACGGGGAGGCCGCUGACAGCUGAGCCUCGAGGACUUGCGUGCGGGGACAGCGGGCACCUGCCCCAAGGAAGGCAAGGCGUGGGGGCCCCUGUGACUGUCUGUAUAAAUAAAAAUGUUUUUAAUUAGAAAA